AUGGCUACUCACUGUCAACAUCUGCAUAUUGUCCUUUCUAGUUUGCACAAACAUUCAUUGUUUGUUAAACGAAGCAAAUGUUCUUUCUGUCGACCACAAAUAAAGCAUCUAGGCCACAUAAUCAGUAGAGAGGGUGUAGCAGCUGACUCUGGAAAAAUCGAAUGUAUGGUAAAUUGUCCUAGACCAACUACUCUUAAGGGUUUACGGGGGUUUCUUGGCUUGACAGGGUAUUAUCGCAGAUUUGUUAAAGGCUAUGGUUUGAUUUCUAGACCACUCACAGAACUACUUAAAAAGGGCAAUUUUGUUUGGAAUGAUGUUGCAGAGUUAGCCUUUGAGCAACUUAAGAAAGUGGUUACUUAUACUCAUGUUCUUAUUUUACCAGAUUUCACUAAGUAA